CGGUUUUGCAGUGUAUGAGAUAAGGUUCCUAUUUUUUCUUUGGUGAAGUUGAGACAAAAUCACAAACUACAGUAUAGGUGGGAUCAGGAUUAAUUUAUUACUUUGAUUGGUUCUCUUUUUUUCUGAUGAAUUACUCUUCUUAUUUUUGUGUAAAAGUCUUGUUGAAAGGAGUUGAUGUGUGGUUGGUGGCAGAAGGAUGCAUUUGCCCCGGACCAUGUUCAUGCAAGAAGCGCCCCUGUCCGUGUUUAGACCAGAAGGACGGAGUUAUAUAUUUAGACAGUAGAACAGUGAUAACGUUUCAGAGUUGGCCAGCCGCCUCCCACUCUGGAAACUUAAAACCGGACAGACCUGCACGCCUCAGAGUAACAAUUAAACUUCGUGAAUUCAUGAGACUCCCCACUUUCUGGGUUUCCUCAUCUGGUCGGAUCCAGUCGGCUGGAAAAGCGGGCGUCCUGGUGCGAAAUAAUCGGUGUGAGUUAAUGAGGCGGAGAUGCAGGAGGACAACCCCAGACACGCUUCUCUGCGGCCAGGACAGGUGCUCCGCUGGUGAGCCGGCAGAGGACGGGACGGGCAGCCAGGGAAGGAAGUAAACAGCGGAUUCUCUUCGCCAUGGAUCAGGGUCAGAGCGCGCAGGUCGCCGAUAUGGUGGGGGAACACGCAGCCGGGGUGUGCGCGUCCGAGCGCGGCGAGGUGUCCAGCCCCAGCCCGCCGGCCAAGCAGCGCUCCCUCCGGGUUGUUUACGUCCUGAACGACGGGCUGAAGGCGGUGAUGGCAAGCAGCCCGGAGUCCGGGGCGCUGCAGUGCCUUCAGAGAGCCUGCGACGCGGAGAGCGCCCUGCUCACCACCGUCACCUUCGGACGGCUGGACUUUGGAGAGACGGCGGUGCUGGACAGCUUCUACGACGCAGACAUCGCCGUCGUGGACAUGAGCGAUGUGUUUCGUCAGCCGUCGCUGUUUUACCACCUGGGUGUGAGGGAAAGCUUCGACAUGGCCAACAAUGUCAUCCUGUACCACGACACCGACCCGGACACGGCCCAGUCGCUGAAGGACAUGGUUGCACAGAAAAACACAGCCAGUCGUUCCCCAGCAUUAGGCUUCCCUUGGAUUCAGCUGCCUCCAGAGUACCGAGGCUCUGGACUGAGAAAUAAAGCUUCCAGCGGUAAUUACUACUUCAUCCCAUACAUUGUGACUCCUAACCAUGAGUAUAUGUGCUGUGAGAGUGAUGCACAGCGCAGGGCUAGCGAGUACAUGCAGCCCAGCUGGGACAACUUGUUGGGGCCGCUGUGCGUCCCCUUGACAGACCGCUUCACCAGCCUCCUGAAGGACAUCCAUGUGACAUCAUGCGCAUCUUUUAAGGACACCUUGCUGAAUGACAUCCGGAAAGCCAGGGAGAAGUAUCAGGGAGAGGAGCUGGCCAAGGAGCUGGCCCGAAUCAAACUCAGGAUGGACAACACCGAGGUCCUAACGCAGGACAUCGUCAUGAACCUGCUGUUUUCCUACAGAGACAUACAGGAUUAUGAUGCUAUGGUUAAGCUUGUGGAGACUCUAGAGACGCUGCCUACGUGUGAUCUGGCAACCCAACCGAUGAUCCAGUUCCACUACGCCUUUGCUCUCAAUAGGAGGAACAGUCCUGGAGACCGGGAGCAGGCUCUCAGAGUGAUGCUCCAGGUGCUGCAGACGAGCGAACAUCCCGCCCCGGACAUGUUCUGCCUCUGUGGUCGGAUCUACAAGGACAUUUUCCUCGACUCGGACUGCAAAGACACUGUAAACAGAGAUAAUGCCAUACAGUGGUACAGAAAGGGCUUUGAACUGCAGCCCACUCUCUACUCUGGCAUUAACCUGGCUGUCCUCCUCAUCGUCGCUGGCCAGCAGUUUGAGAGCUCCAUUGAACUGAGAAAAAUAGGUGUGAGAUUAAACAGCCUGCUGGGGCGUAAAGGUUCCCUGGAGAAAAUGAACAACUACUGGGACGUGGGCCAGUUCUUCACCGUUAGCAUGCUAGCUAGCGAUAUUCCCAAAGCUACUCAAGCGGCUGAGAAGCUGUUCAAACUGAAGCCACCGCUAUGGUAUUUGCGGUCAGUGGUGCAGAACCUGCAGCUGAUCCAGAGGUUUAAAAAGCAGGCGGUGGAGCAUUCCCCCCAAAGAGAAAGACUCGACUUCUGGAUGGACAUCAUCGUGGAGGCGACUCAGGGAACCACCAAGAGACUGCGGUUUCCUGUUUUGAUUUUGGAGCCAACUAAAGUUUACCAGCCUUCCUAUGUGUCCAUAAACAACGAAGCAGAAGAGAAGCAUGUUUCCAUCUGGCAUGUCUCUCCUGCUGAAAGCAAGGGAAUCCAUGAGUGGAACUUCACUGCAACGUCCAUUAAAGGCAUUAGUAUUAGCAAAUUUGACGAGCGCUGCUGCUUCCUUUACGUCCAUGACAACUCUGACGACUUCCAGAUCUAUUUCUCCACCGAGGAGCAGUGCGGUCGGUUCUGCUCCCUGGUGAAGGAGAUGAUCUCUGAUGGUACAGGGAACGCCGUGGAGCUGGAAGGAGAGGGGGACGGAGACACGCUGGAGUAUGAAUAUGACAUGGACGAGAACGGAGACAGGGUGGUGCUGGGCCGGGGCACUUAUGGAGUGGUGUAUGCUGGGAGAGACCUGAGCAACCAGGUCCGGAUCGCUAUUAAAGAGAUCCCUGAAAGAGACAGCAGAUACUCGCAGCCACUUCAUGAAGAAAUUGCCCUUCACAAGUACCUGAAGCACAGGAACAUCGUUCAGUAUUUGGGCUCGGUUUCUGAGAACAGAUACAUCAAGAUCUUCAUGGAACAGGUGCCUGGAGGAAGCUUGUCUGCUUUACUGAGGUCAAAAUGGGGACCUUUGAAAGAAGCGACGAUCAUUUUCUACACCAGACAGAUCCUGGAGGGGCUGCGCUACCUGCAUGAGAACCAGAUUGUCCACAGAGAUAUAAAGGGAGACAAUGUGUUGGUAAACACCUACAGCGGCGUCUUGAAGAUCUCUGACUUUGGAACCUCGAAACGCUUGGCUGGAGUAAAUCCCUGCACAGAAACGUUUACAGGUACUCUGCAGUACAUGGCUCCAGAGAUCAUUGAUAAGGGCCCUCGAGGCUACGGCGCCCCGGCUGACAUCUGGUCUCUGGGCUGCACCAUCAUAGAAAUGGCCACUGGGAAACCUCCGUUUCACGAGCUCGGAGAGCCACAGGCAGCCAUGUUUAAGGUGGGAAUGUUUAAAAUCCACCCAGAGAUUCCUGAAUCUCUGUCCCUGGAAGCAAAGUCCUUCAUCCUGCGCUGCUUUGAGCCCGAUCCUAAUAAGAGACCCAUCGCUGCAGAUCUGCUCAGGGACAUUUUCCUCAGGCAAACCACGAAGGGCAAAAAAAGCAAAAUUGCCUUCAAACCAUCAGACUACAUCCACAGCGUUUCCAUUCCAGCGCAGCAGCAGGGCGAAGCUGCCGGCAGCAGCAGCAGCGAACACGGCUCUGUGAGUCCAGACUGCGACUCCAAACACGACGUUUUCUUCCAGAGGAAGAGAACCUCUGGCUCUGAAAACCUCAAAACCUCCAGCUCCAGCUACCUAAGUGUCCCAGACGAGAGUUCAGUCUCAGAGGACCGCAGCGUCCCGCCCUCACCGGAGGACAGGGACAGCGGCCUCUUCCUCCUGAAGAAGGACAGCGAGAGGCGAGCUAUUCUCUACAAGGUCCUGAAUGACGACCAGGAGAAGGUCAUCUCCAACCUGAAGGAGAACCACAUCCAGGGCAGCGAGGAGCUGCUGCUCUCUAUGGAGCACAUCAAGCAGAUCAUCUGCAUCCUACGGGACUUUAUUCACUCUCCGGAAAGACGCGUCAUGGCGGCCACCAUCUCCAAACUCAAACUGGAUCUGGACUUCGACUCUAACUCCAUCAACCAGAUACAGCUGGUGCUUUUUGGCUUUCAGGACUCGGUGAACAAGGUUCUGCGAAAUCAUCACAUCAAACCUCACUGGAUGUUUGCCAUGGAUAACAUCAUCCGCAGAGCCGUGCAGGCCGCCAUCACCAUCCUCAUUCCAGAGCUGCAGACCCACUUUGGACCAGCCUCUGAGUGUGAGGGGGCAGAGAAGGACGACGAGGUGGAUGAAGAGGAAGCUGUGUUCAGUCCCGUUUUAGCUCCAACCUCGGACGACCCGGGAACCACGCCGGACCCCGUCCUCAGCAGCACCAGCACGGUGAACUCCAGCCACACCGAGGAGCAUCAGCGCUCGCACGUUCCCCUCGGCGCCCAGCUGGGGCGGCUCAAGCAGGAGACCAACAGGCUGCUGGAGGAGCUGCUGCAGAAGGAGAAGGAGUACCAGCAUGUCCUGAAGGCCACGCUCCAGCAGAGGGCUCAUGACUUGGAGCUGAUCCGAAUCAGGCACAGACCUCCAGACGUUUCUCCUCCCUCCAUCCUUCAUGUCCCAGCGGACUACGAGCCGGACAAGCAGCUCACCGAUUGGCUGAAAGAGCAGAGGGUGGACCCAGACACCAUCGACAAGUUUGUGAUGGAGGAAUACACACUGUCUGACAUUCUGGGCGAGGUCACCAAAGAUGACCUCCGCUCUCUUCAUCUACGCGGUGGAGUGCUGUGCCGGAUCUGGCGAGCCAUUCAGCGGCACCGGGAGCGAGAGAGGCUGACGGCUGACAAACACUCCAAAGGGGACGUUUAACUACGACUUUCACUUCUGAGGAAGUAAUGCGCACAUCGACACAUUACCAGCCCCGCAUGGCCGUUCGUUUUCCUCUUGCCUGUCUCCUCUGUGCCUUUCCACGCUGUCGUCUGUGGCAGACCGAGUCCAAGCAGAGUCCCAACUGAUCAGACCAAAGCGCUUUAGUGCGGGCACUACUGUAUGUACGGUAUUUCCAUGUGUAUUCCUGUGUUGCCACAAUGUGUUUGUGCUUCAGAGCUUUGAAAGGUUAGGAAUUUUUACAUUUAUGGAAAGAUGCAGUCAGUUUUUUAGUGUUUGUAUCAGCUCUGAAAGGCUGGAGUGGUGAGUAUUAAAGGUCUGCGGUUUGGUCCCUACGGAGAGUUCUGGUACUCUCUGGAAAUUUUUUUAAAUAAUAACCCUUUUUUUUUUUAAUCGACUUUUUUAAAAACUUUCUUAAAAGUAAAAAUUGUUACUUUUAAAAUAUUUUUUUGCGUAUUUGUUGAAGUUAUCACUAUAUCUUGAUAAUGAGACAAAAUCUGUGAAAAAAUUGAGCUUUUCCCUGUGCAAACUAGAAACAAUCAGAGCGAGGAGGCAGGUGUUAGCGCUGUCAAUCAUCCCCCAUGUGGCGCUGCUAAUCUUCCCCUUGCUAUCUGCUACGCUGCAGCUAGCAUAGCCUGUUCUGAAUGCUAAGGCUAGUUAGCAUGAGCACCAAUGAUGGCGGAUGAACGGUUUUUCUGGAACUGUAAGUUGUCCCUCUGCCACAUUUAGCAGGGACUACACUAUGUUGAUUGACAGCGCUAAGACCCGCCUCCUGGUUCUGAUUGGUUGUUUUUGGUCAGGAGCGAUGCAUUUCAGCAAUAGUAGCAGAUCUUUUCUCAGAUUAUCUGUCUCAUAACAAACUGUUACGACAAGUUGACGGUUUUAACAAAUAUCUUAACACAUAUUAGUUUCACAUAUUAGUGCCUCAGUUUAUCUGCAGCAGAUAAAAAAAAAUAAAAAAAUCCAAUCAAAUGUUUUGUUGUACACAGAAUGAAC